AUGGAAAGAUUACAACGAUUAUUAGGUCAAGGCGCUGGUUUUGGUGGAGCAGCACCCCCUCAAACAGAUGGACCAGCAAUAGAUAAUUCCGAAACCGUUUAUAUCUCGUCACUCGCAUUGCUUAAAAUGUUGAAGCACGGAAGGGCUGGUGUACCAAUGGAAGUUAUGGGAUUGAUGUUGGGUGAGUUUGUUGAUGAUUUCACAAUUCAAGUCUACGACGUCUUUGCCAUGCCACAAUCGGGUACAGGUGUUUCCGUCGAAGCCGUGGACGAUGUGUUUCAAACCAAAAUGAUGGACAUGCUUAGGCAGACGGGAAGAGACCAGUCUGUUGUGGGUUGGUACCACUCCCAUCCAGGAUUUGGUUGUUGGUUAUCCUCAGUUGAUGUGAAUACGCAACAAUCGUUUGAACAAUUGAACAAGAGAGCAGUUGCUGUCGUUAUAGAUCCUAUUCAAUCGGUGAAAGGUAAAGUGGUUAUUGAUGCAUUUAGAACAAUUGACACCACCACAUUGAUGAUGGGCCAAGAACCUCGUCAGUCAACAUCCAAUGUGGGUCAUUUGAACAAACCAUCGAUUCAAGCAUUGAUACAUGGAUUGAACCGUCAUUACUACUCGUUGAACAUUGAUUAUCACAAGACCACGAAUGAUACAAACAUGUUGCUCAACUUACACAAGAAAAACUGGCAGUCUGGAUUAAAUCUUACAGACUAUAACCACAAUGAGAUUGAGAAUUUGGAAAGUACCGAAAAGAUGGUGAAUAUUGCCAAGUUGUACAGCCAAAGAGUUAGUGAAGAGAAGGAACUUACUGAGGAACAAUUGAAAACGAGGUACGUUGGUAAGCAGGACCCCAAGAAACAUUUAUCAGAUACCGCAGAAAAGUUAAUUGAUGAUAAUAUUAAAGUACUUCUAACAGGUGGAGUGGAUUCAUUAGCUAUUCGAUAG